AUGUCCGCAGAGCCACCAAAAGACGCCAGCGAUGCUCCAGGACCACCAGCGCCGAUUCAGCCGACGUCGUCGAGAACUGCACGCGGUCGUCGUCGUCUCACUGCGAUCCCCCAGGAUCCGCAGUCCCCGCGAAAUGAAGGCGUCAAAAUUCUGAGGCCUUCUGAAGUGCCCGAACGAGCACCAAUGCCAGAAUACAAGCCGGAAAAGGAUACGAAAGUGAUUCUUCCAAAACACAUUCCAAUGGAUGAGCUCUACAAACACUAUCGUAACGAUGAGCGAAAAGUGGACAUUCCGGAAUUUAUGGAUUCAGAAGCGCUGAUGGAGUUGGCUGAAAAGAGCGGUGACGUCUUCACAUUCAGAAGUCGCAACCACGUGGAUCCAGAAGACGUCUGGCAGGAGAUCCAGAUGAAUGAAAAGGAGGGAAAGCCCAAAAAAGUGGAUGACGUGGAAUUAGAAGUCGUUCGAGUCAAAGAAACGGAUGGGGACUUUCGGAAGGCGUUUGUGGAGAGAUCAAAACACUGUUUCGGGCGGAUUGUGCAUGGAUUCAGCUCUAAAUUGGAGAUCGAUGAAAAAACGAAACAACAGCUCGUCUAUGCGACAUUAAUUCCACCGAAAGGGUGCAUUUUCGAAGGAGGCACUUAUUUUUUGAAAAUCGCAUUUUAUGUGCAUCCGAAGUUUAAUUAUGUGCUUCCGCAUGUUCAGUUUAGGACGAUGAUGUUUCAUCCGAAUCUUUCGAAAUAUGGAGCGUUUGACGUACGUCAACUAAUCGAUUCCACGUGGAAUCACAAAUCGUCACUAGCCGACGUCUACAAGUGGAUCGUCGAACAGAUGGUGGAUUUAAAGAGAAUAAUAGCCACCAAACCACAGAAUCAACUAGAAGACAUGGCGCAACCGGAUAUCGCUAUUUUAGCAUCUGAAAAUUGGAAAAUUUUUGAAAAAAUCGCACGGGAAAUGGUGAUCAAAAUGGCUGGCGGUUCAUCGCAUCAAUCCUUAUUUCAUUCGGCAAAAAUGCGAAAAUAUUAUUCCGAAGAGUACGGUUAUAUGAAUCCAGAUGAUAAUGAUGAAAUUGAUAUCUUUAAUUGA